UUUACAUUUUCCCCCCUCUUGAAGCAGCAGAAGAAAAGUCUAAAGUGCAAUCAAAGAGCAUCAGCGAAACAGUGGAUUUUCGUUUUCUGUACCGUUGUUUUUCAUUGUGAUUGCGGCAAAGGCCAAAAGGAAAACAUUGCAUGAGAAGCGAUGAGCAAUAGAUUUUGCAACCAUUAAUUCGAUUAGUGUGCAGAAGAAGUGUGGAGUUUAGUGGCGCCGUUCAAGAGCGGUUGAAGUUUCUUUCGGCCAAGGUUGGGGCGCAGAUUUUUUGGUCGUCGUGAAAAGUGUCCAAAUCAUGAGCGAAACGCAAUCUGCGGAUAUCGGUGGCGAAUCGGAUCGCAAUUGUGAGCCGGGAAGUUGUCAGGAAAGUAUGCUGAUUACGACGGAUUCGAUUGAGGAGUUUUCCCAGGAGAUUAGUAUUAGUUUGGCGGAAGAUGAUUCGGACCAGAACGGAACGACAAUAACGGUGCAGGAUGUCGAGAAGAAGGCUGGAGAAAUUGAGGGAACGACGGUGGGGACUGCAGGGGGAAACAUCACAAAGAUUCAAGAUGGAUUGAUUGUGGCUGAUAAGGACAGUGAGGGUGCGGUUAGCAAAUCGAGUUCCUUCAGCAGUGCCAAGAGCCGUGACAUGUCCGCUUCCUGCACUAGUCUGGGGGACGAUGGAAGUGCCCUCGAGGAUGCCGAAGAUUACCUACAUGACCCGAAAUUCCUGUUGAAGAAGAAGCACGUCUUCAUCCUGAGUUCGGCGGGGAAGCCCAUCUACACGAUGCACGGGAACGAACACAAAUUGGCAACUCUGUUCGGGGUGAUGCAAGCGCUGGUCAGCUUCGUGCAGAGCAAUAACGAUUCCAUUAAGUCGAUCCAUGCGAUGGGCGUCAAGUUUGUGUUUCUGGUCAAAUCGCCGCUCAUAUUGGUGGCCAUUUCGAGGACGAGUCACAGCGUACAGCAAGUGCAGCUGCAGUUAACGGAUGUCUAUAACCAGAUUCUAUCGACGUUGACCUUGACCAGCAUGCAGAAAACUUUCGAGAGGCAAAAGAACUUCGAUCUGCGACGACUUUUGGCCGGCAGCGAACGCCUAAUUGAUCACCUGCUGAUCAACGACAAAUGCGACCACAAACUAGUCAGCAACAAUCCGUUUAGCUUUAUGACACACUCCGUUCGGAUUCUACCCCUGCAGCCGAGCAUUAGGGAAAACAUUAUCGGAGCUAUCCAGAACAACUGCUGCAAAAUCAAGAACCUGGUGUUUGCCGUACUGAUCGCGAACAACAAACUGAUCGCGCUGGUUCGCAUGAAGAAGUAUUUUAUCCACCCGGCAGACCUGCGCCUUAUAUUCAAUCUGAUUGAAUGUUCCGAAAGUUUCAAGUCGGCCGAAAGUUGGACCCCGAUCUGUUUGCCCAAGUUCGACUCCAGUGGGUUUCUGCAUGCACACGUGUCCUACCUGGCGGAAGAUUGCCAGGCCUGUUUGCUGCUGCUGUCGAUCGAGAAAGAAGUAUUCUUCGUGCUUUCGGAGGCCAAGCGUAAGAUCACCGAUAAACUGCGUCGUUCGAACUGUUUGGAAGCAAUCAACGAAGCAAUGAACAACAAGGGCGUCAAACUUCAAAGCAUCGGCAUCCCGGAGAUACGGCAUUUUAUCUACAAAAGCAAAUCGAACGCGCAGCUGCUGUGCUCCGAGCUGACAGUUCCGUACUCGAGCAUCGGUCAGUUUAAGCGGUUAGAGGGCAUGUACUUCGAGCUGCACCAUCGGAUACACAAUUCGGGCCGGCCGGUCAAGCUCAUCUAUCAGAUGAAGGACAAGGAGAUACUGCUCGCGUGGGUCACCCAAGCGUACGAACUGUUUGCCGCGUUCGAACCGACCGUCCACCGGAACGAUGUCAUCAACCUGGUCAACAAGCUGCUGAAGUGGAUCAAGAAGGAGGAAAACAGCCUCUUCAUACUGUCGGCGCCGACUUUCUAGGAGUUGGGGUCCUUUUUCCCUUCCUUUCCGUUGUUUUCGUUUGCGACCAAUCCCAACGGCAGUAGUGAAGUCGUAGGAGAGAUCGGCUAGAAGGGAAAAAGUGAUCAAUUAGAUGGCUCAGAGAGAUUUCCUUCCUUUUAAGUGAAACUGUGAACAAUGAGUUUCACUAUUUAAUGGCACCGUUUGUGACUAGGUUUUCCCAUUUUAGUAAGACUACAAUGACUAUAGAAAAGUUUAUUUUUCUUAUUCAAUCGAGGUUAGG